UGAUUUCUAGUCUAACGUCAAUUCACACUCCACAUUUUUUGUUGGCAAUGUUGGAAGUCAGUGUCCCAAAUUACUAAAGCCCUGUUAGUACAGCAGUCGCCAACUUGUCAGUGAUCAUGUCAAAGAUGCCACCACACAAAUUCCAUUCAUGCUGCAUUGUUUAUUUACAAGGUCAGAUCCCAGACUCUGUCACCGACAAAUCACCAACUAUUGUACAAACAAACUAAGACACCCAGCUCAAUAUAACAAAAACCAGAAUUUUAGGACUAGCUGUCAAAGAAACUGGGAAAAUCAAUUUGAAAUAGACUUCUAUUUUUUAAACACCAGCGAAGGCUAUACACCUAAGGAACGUUGGAAGUAG